AUGUCUACUAAGGCGUCGCCUGAAACUUCGAAUUCAGCUUCUAAUGCUUCCAUAACUGGGAUAAACGCAUACCUUGUUUUAUACAAUGUUGUCUCCUGGGCUGGCUGGACCUAUGUUCUAGGCUUAACUUUAUCAGAGCUUGCGCAGAACAAUUUGGACUUCACGACCGUGUACGAUCGAGUCGGAUGGUUGGUAACGAUGGUGCAGACCGGUGCCAUUUUAGAGAUCCUUCACGUGAUUAUUGGUUUCGUGAAGUCACCGCUUUUCACCACCACUUCGCAAGUUAUGUCCCGAUUAAUUCUCGUGUGGUUGAUAGUUGAUGUCUUUCCUGAGGUACGUUCUCAUUGGGCAUUCGCGACCAUGGUAAUAGCAUGGUCGACCACCGAAUGUAUCAGAUAUGCGUACUAUGGAUUCAACCUUGUCAAAAAACCCCCUGGUUGGUUACUAUGGUGCAGAUACACCUUUUUCUUUGUACUAUACCCUCUUGGAGCGGGAAGCGAAGCUAUACUGAUCUAUCAAUCUCUUCCUUACUCCAUGCAACUCAGUAAAAUUUAUUACUGGAUUGAAAUCUUCAUCUUGUUCGGUUACAUACCUGGAUUUUAUACCAUGUACACCCAUAUGAUCGGUCAACGUAAAAAAUAUUUGGGCAAAGGCAAAUCGAAAAAAACUAGAAAACAAACAUUCAACAACGUGAUUUUCAAAGUCUAUAGGUGCAGGGUAUCGAAUUUCUAUUUCAGGGGUAUUCGAAGUAGCGACUCGAACGGUUUGCGACCUUACGUUGAGGGUCAUAGAACAAACGUGAUAUCACAGGGUACCGCGCUACUUAUGCACGCGCGCCUCUUGGGUACUUUGGUUUCUUUUGGAGUUGGUUAUAUCACUUGUUACUACAAUUUGGUGACCAAGUUGUUCGAGGCUUUUAAUGACAUCCCGUCAACUACACAUAAGGACUUGGAUUUCUUUUUCUCCUUAUUCUUAUUCCUCUCUAUCGAAUCGCGGAUUACGAGUCUAGACGAAACGACAAUUAUCCACACAGAACCUCAGCUAGAGAACAUCUUAAAAGGAGAGGAAGUCUUUGACCUUGACGAGAUUAAGAUAUUCUGGCCAGCGUAUGCGUGUUCAAUAAAGACGAAACCAGGUUUUCUGGUCGGUUGGAACGUUCGUAACUUCACAACCUGUAUUGCCACCGUCAUUUCAAACGUGAAUCUUACAGAUUUAGAAUCCACUUUAUCCGCGUUAUCAACAGAUAAUAGUUCAUCAUUUGUUUAUAUGGACGAAGUAUGCGGUGCACCACCUAUUGUCCUGGGAGUUAUGACUACGCAUUUUGAUGAAAGGGAUGAUGCCCGUAAUAUGCUUAAUGCCGAAGGUGUCGCGGAAAAGACGAAAACAGCGAGUAUAUGGUUGCACAUUCAAUUACAAUCUAACAAUAUGCCUUCACUCAGAUCUAUAUAUCAUGGUGGAUAUCGAUAUUCAGAUGUCAGUUUGGAAAUUAUUUUUUACAAGCAACCAAAUCCCACCAGGCUUCAAUAUCUUUCGCUUGAACCUUUGGUACUUGAUAUACAAAAAAACAAUGGUCAUAAGGCUGAACAAGAUUUCACUACCAUUGAGAACAUGAAAAAAAUUAUCAGUACCAAGCUACACUCUUCCGGAAAGCAACGGAUGCCAUUUAAUGAUAUGGAGCUCAUCUUGAACCAGAUCAAUUCAUCUUUUGAAACUGAAAAAGCCAUCAUAUCUAGAUGUCGUUUUAUCACCGCGAGGCGUCAUCGAAGUGCCAGCGUUUCGGAGACUGUGAAAAAAUCUGCUUUGGGGAUAGGAAUGUUCAUAAAAAAUAUCGUGCUUUAUCCGGUACACCAUCUGGUUUCCGUUAUCCGGCCAUUUCUUGCUCACCCAAUAAUAUUAUUUCUCAUGCUGGUGCGGAUAUUCGCUGAUGUGGUGCUUCGGAUCUUGAAUCUAAGGUUUCCGCUGUGGAUUUUUAACGGGACCGCUCUGAAAGAUUUGUUUGCAACAUCACAGCAGAUCGAUUUGCGUCUCCAGCAAGCAAGUUUUUGGCCUUGGCAAUACAUGUUAUUGCGGCGAAGAGAUUGGACUAACACGGCGACAACUCGAGCGCAGUACAUAAGUAUGUGGCUUGUCGCGAACGACAUAAUAAUAGGCUUAACAAUAGGAUCUUUUCUCAUAAACAAUAGUGAGUACGUGGCAAAUAUCUUACUAAAGGACUAUCUUGAUUACUACACGAUCGCAAAGUUAGUGUCAAUGAUCGAAUGGUUGAUGGGUUGGCCGGCAGGCCUUAAAUUAAAUAGUGAACUGGAUAAAUUUCUAGGGGAACUUUUUCUUUGGCUAAUUGAUUGGUGGAGAGAUUGCGUGAUAACUGUCGGUCCAUUAACACCAAAAAUAAUUGAAUUAAUUGGACUGUCCGGGGUUCUGGGUGGAACGAUUGUUUUAUCACUUCUCUCUGACUUUCUGUCAUUCAUGACAUUACAUAUUUAUUUGUUCUACAUGGUUGCGGCAAAAAUUUUCAAUUGGCAAUUGAAUAUUCUUUAUUCUCUAUUUAAUUUAUUUCAAGGAAAAAAAUGGAAUACUUUACGGAAUCGCAUUGAUUCGUGCGAUUACGAUUUGGAUCAAUUACUCUUGGGCACAAUAUUGUUCACAUUAUUGACGUUUCUUUUUCCCACCAUUUUAGUAUAUUACGCCACGUUCGCAACGAGUAGAGUCGCCGUUAUCUUCUUACAAGCAGUUAUGGAAACACUCUUGGCAUUCCUCAAUCACUUUCCAUUGUUCGCGAUCAUGCUAAGAUUUAAAGAUCCAGAGAGAUUGCCGGGUGGAUUGAGAUUCGAGAUAUGUAAUCCGAAUUACUUUGCACCUCACGGAAUUGCGAGGAUGGUUCAAGGAAUCAAAUCUUUUUGGCCUCGGUUGGAUAGAUAUGACGCGCCGGACACGAGAAUAAAUGUACAAAGAUUGAUCGAACCGCAAAAAACGACUCGAAUAAGGAAAGAUCGGAUAAUGACUGCUAUUAAGGAAAAUGCUAACUCGGAUGUUUUUUCCAUCGAUUCUACUUUUCACGCGAAACAAUCGUUUCCGCAAAGAGUGAGCUAUCUCUUUAUGCAGAAUUUACCAAUACCACUAUCCGCAAUAUUUUUUCAAUACCUACUACUCUGGAAACAGUUGAGUUCACAUUAUUUUUCAUUCUACGUCUUACGUUGCCUUGUGAGCGGUGAAACCAUUAAACACAUAGCCAGGCUUCAAUAUCCAAUGUUACCUGAAACUAGACCUAAUUUAUUGAGCUUUUGGCUGUUUCUCAAAAUAAGUUUUGCAGAACAAGAAUAA